CGUUAUUUUUUCAGGAACUAAAAGAUCAAAUGGCAUCAAGAAUGUUCAACGCACGAGUGACCGAGUGACAAUCAACCACGAGGCCACCAUUGUUCGAUGGAACAAACUACUCGUAUUGGAAGGAGAGGAUGAGAAUCUUUAUCCAAUCCAACGACUACAAGUUGUGGUUGAUUGUGAAGAACGGCUGCGGAGUCCCGAUGAAGAAAGUCGGUGAAGUCAAUGUUCCCAAAACCGAAGAAGAGUUCACCGACGAAGAUUGCAAAAAGAUGGAGCUCAAGGUGAGAAAGGUGCUGCGAAGCCUAUCUCCUAAAUGGCGUUCAAAGGUGGAUGCAAUCGAAGAAGGUCGUGACUUCCAAACAACGACCUAUGAUGCUCUUCGAGGUAAUCUUAUUACCUAUGAAACCACCCAACUCUCAAAGGUGGUUGAAGAAAGGAACAAGAGGUCUAUUGCUCUACCCGCAACAACAUCAACCCACAACAACGUUGAUGAUGAAGAUGAUGACAACGACGACACCGACCUCGGACUCUUUGUCCGAAAAUUCAAGAAGAUGAUGCUCAAGAAGGGAGCCAAGAAGAACACUCCACCCAAAUGCUAUGGGUGUGGUGAAAUUGGACACAUCAAAUCAAUGUGCCCAAAGCUCAAGAACGAGAAGGACAAGAAGGAACCGAAGAAGCAGCGUGCCUACAUUUCUUGGGAGAACGACGGCUCCAAGAGUGAAGACUCGGAAACGGAAGAAGUGGCCAACUUGUGUCUCAUGGCCAUUGAAGAUGGUGAUGCAUCAAAAGAGCAAGCAACAGGGGAAUUGGCACCAAGAUUUUCACUGCUGGAAUGGAAAUUCUGGAGGCAUAGAAACAAGAUUAUGAGUCCCCACUUAAUGAUGAGUCACAAAAAGAUGGAGCUCAACGCCAAGGCAAUAAACAUGAUUUAUUGCGGUGUUAACGCGGAUGACUACCGCAAAAUCUCGCGGUGUGAAACCGCAAAACAAAUGUGGGAGAAAUUGGAGGUGACCUACGAAGGAACCGCGCAGACAUACACCGACCGAGAGCUCGUGAGAAAGGUGCUGCGAAGCCUAUCUCCUAAAUGGCGUUCAAAGGUGGACGCAAUCGAAGAAGGUCGUGACUUCCAAACAACGACCUAUGAUGCUCUUCGAGGUAAUCUUAUUACCUAUGAAACCACCCAACUCUCAAAGGUGGUUGAAGAAAGGAACAAGAGGUCUAUUGCUCUACCCGCAACAACAUCAACCCACAACAACGUUGAUGAUGAAGAUGAUGACAGCGACGACACCGACCUCGGACUCUUUGUCCGAAAAUUCAAGAAGAUGAUGCUCAAGAAGGGAGCCAAGAAGAACACUCCACCCAAAUGCUAUGGGAAAGCUUAUGACUCUGUUAGUUGGAAGGGAUUGUUUCAGAUCAUGGAAGCUCUAAAAUUUCCUAAGAAAUUUGUUACAUGGAUCCAGUUCUGUGUGACAAGUGCAGCGUACUCAAUACGGAUUGAUGGGGAAGUCUUUGGGCAUUUCAAGGGAGGGAAGGGCCUUAGACAAGGGGAUCCAGUAUCCCCCUUGCUUUUCACCCUUGUCAUGGAAUACUUAACAAUAGCCUUUUCUUUCUACUCGAACAAUGACAGAUUUAAAUUUCAUCCUAGGUGUAAGGCCCUCAAAUUAAUCAAUAUUGUGUUUGCUGAUGACUUAAUUGUCGCCUGUAAAGCUGAAGUUGAAUCCAUUGAAUGCUUCCUCUCUAGUCUAAGGCACUUUAAGAACACUAUGGGCUUAGUUCUCAACUAUGACAAAUCUCAAGUUUUCCUGGGUGGUGACUCUAAUGAUAUCCAUAAAGAGAUACUGAAGAGAACUAGGAUGUCUAAAGGAGCUUUUCCUUUUAGAUACCUAUGAGGACCUAUAACUGCAUCUAGGAUAAGUGAAAGGGAGUGUGAUGUUUUGGUGGAAAAGCUUACCAAGCAGAUUACAUCUUGGACUUCAAAGAAUCUGUCUUAUGCAGGUAGAGUUAUGUAAUACCUUAAUCCGUCCAGAUCUGCAGCCCCUUUCGGACUAAAGUAUUAACUUAGUA